AAAGCAUUCAUGAUAAAAUUAAUAAUUGGAUAAAUUCAAAUGAAAUUAAACAACAGUUUGAGAAAUUGGAGAAACUUAAAGAAAUUCAAAUUAAAUCUAAUACUGAAUGGAUUCCUUUCAAUAGAUUAACCAAUAUAAUAAUUAUAAGAAAAGAUGGAUUUAUCACUGUAUACAAAGCAACAUU